UGCGGCACUGCACACAAGCGGUGUGUCACACUCACAGUGAAUUAAGUAGUUCUUUCCCUUUACCCGCAUCGCAGAUGGAAUAACUGAAUGCCGUUCUUCAUUUAAAGAGCAAAAUAUAAGGCAACGCAUUUUUAUUGAGCCGAGGAGAGACACGCCUCAAACUGACGGACAUCAGCAUGGGCAUCGAGAGUCAGGGCCCCAUCCGGCCCACAGGAAAUCUCAUACCAAAACAAGUGAGGACAUUUCAGAAGGUGGAGCCAAAAGCCCUUGGGUCCAUUCAGAUCAUCAUUGCUGUCUUGUGUCUGUGUUUGAGCAUCACUAUUCUUCAGCUCUAUGAAGAGGUCCACUUCACUCCCGAUAUCAUUGUCGUAGUAGUGAUUGUUGUUCUGUUGCUUGUGUCUGGAUCGAUUUUAAUCCACGCUGGAAGGUUCCCGUCUCUGUUCUGGGUGAAAGCCACACUUGUUGCUCACCUGGUUAGCGCAGCAUGUUCCACUGCCGUUCUUGGCCUGCUGUCCCGCCACCUGCCUUACCGUCAGGACACGUACCAUUGUGAGCACUGCAGGAGAAUGGAGAUCUAUGCUGUGCAACAAUAUUGUUACAAGAAGUGCACUUAUACUGUCGAGAGAAACUGUAAACUCUUGAUUGAUGGCUUCUUGGCAACCUUGGUGCUGUUUCUGGUGGUGGAGUUGACCAUCUGCAUUGUGACUAUUUUGUUUGGACUCAGUGCUCUGGCUAAAGGUGGCCUGCAGUUGCCUGGUUUUGCACAGCGUUUGGCCCAAUUUCAGCCUGAGGCGGACACCCCUAGCCAACCCCAGGUGGCGGUAAUGGUCUCCGAUGUGGAGCCGAUGCCAGAACGUGAGCCUGAGCCAAAAUCUGAGCCAACAGAAGAAAUUCACAGCCCCCCGACUGAACCUCAAGUGGCCCCCAUUGACUCUAUUACAGACAUUUGACACAUCCUGUUCAUGUGCUCUGUAUGAGCAUGCAGAGAUCAAAAAUGGUUUUGCAGUGGGAUUUUUUAUUUAUUUUUAAUUUUUUUGUAUUUCAGUGGUUUAUGAAAUCGACACAGUAGGACUUUGCAAUAUAAGUUGAUGUCAUUAUCCUUAACGAUGUAUUUACCUGCUUUAAAAGGACACAGUCCAUCUGUGGCUGUCAGCUGAUGUUGUUAAUCACUCAUGCGCAACAUUUAUGCCUGGUAAUACGAUGCAGCCUCUAUCUGGAUAAUGUACUGGGUGAUGAAAAAUCACAUUAUUAUAAUAUGUAAAAGCAGUGAGAUAAUUGGUUAAAAUAAAACCCCAACAGGCUACUCAAAGAAUUAACAAUUAUUGCAAAUUUGCAUAGUAUGCAAGGAAAACAUUACAAGGAGAGCAUGGAAUGUAAUCAACUGUUAGGUAGUUUGUUAACUGGAUGGCUAACUGUAGAUAUAGGGCUCUAUUUUAUCUAAGGGCGCUAAGUGCAGCGCUACGCUGUAUCCAAUUAUCACGAGAGCGCUAAUUCUAAUCGCAAUUUUCAUGCCAGUGCAAAGUGCAAGUGGGCAUGGGUGUAAGUGUUUGUGCUCUCUGUGGGUGUAUGCACGCAAACUGUGGGUGUGUUGUAUAUAAAUGAAUUGUUAUUUCCUGAGAAAUUCUCAGUCAAUGUCAUUGUGUGUUUCAGAAGCACCUCUAUUCUCAUUGCAAAGUCUAAAUUCAGUUCCUAUAUUUGCUGUUCGGAUAUUCCACCAGCAGGUGGAAGUCUGAAAAUAUAUUGGAACAUCAAAUUAUGUCCCUGACAAUCACUGUUGUAGCCGUUUUAUGAAGAAAUGUGUUUUUUUUUUUUUAGAUUUGUGUUAAACUUUCUAGAGGUAAAGGUUUAUUUUGCAAUUAUUGUAUGUAUGAUCUAAUUUGUAUUAAUAUUUUUCCACCUGUAGUCGUAAAGUGAUUUAUAAGUCACGUCGAAAUAGGCAGGUUGAAAAAGAUGGAGAGGGUGAAAUGUUUAGAAUUAGGGAGGUGAUAAUUUAUAUAUUAUGAUCCUAUUUUUUAUGUAGUUUGAAAUUUAUUUUAAAUUUAGAAAUAAUUUUUGGUUUAAGAUUUUCAUGUUUCAAUAAUUUACAUUUUUAAAGCAAAAUCGACCAUAAGAAGUUGCAUGCGUGCAAAUAUCCACAGCAUAACCUGAAAGGCUGAUACAGUAAUGAUAUGUAAGUCACUUGAUAAAUAUGAUUAAUAAUACUUACAUUCACUAUAAUAUAACGGAGCGUGCAAAUCCUGAUGAAAAUCACAAUUAUAUGUGUAUAAAAGAAGCGUCACUGUCAUUGAAAUACAGUAUGCCUGAAAUUCAACAAAGACGCAGUUAAUGCAUGAAAGAACGUUAGUCCAUACAGUCAAUUUACACUACCAACUUCUUAUGAAUGUGCUGUCUUUGUUUAUUUUUCUGGUGCUGGACUAUAUAACAGGACAUUGACAGUGAUAACCGGAGAAAACCUCAGUAUAAAAUUGCACAUGACCGAGCCCAUCAGCGUUUUGAGCUAACGCUCUUAAAAUAGGGCCCAUGGAUUCUAUGUCAUUACCAAGUUUAUAUAAUGUUAUAACUACAGAACUGCACAGUUUAUUGUAAUACGUUGCAGGUAAUCUAUAUGUUAAGUAAGAAAUGGCACCAGACUGACCACUGAUCUGCCACAGUAAAUACACACAUGGAGCAACACUAUGAAGAACAGGGGGGGGGGGUUGCUACACUGUAAAAGAAAUUACAAAGUGGUGACUUUGUAAAUUAUAAUGUGGUGACUUUAAACAAAACAACUUUUUACAGCAACACAUAAUUAAAACACAGAUUAGAAACAGAUUAUGUGAUCAGUGAUCAAACUGAGCAUGCUCAAAAGCCUGUGUUCAAUCUUCACCACCAAACUUGAUAUUGUAUGUGCUCACAGUUUAAAACUCUAAGUUGCUCUGACUGAAAUGGCAUAAAAGUUGACUUAAUUGAUUGUUUUGAGUAAACUCACUUUUUCAAUAUUAGAUAAAAUAUUAGAAAUUGAUCUUAUCUGACAAAAUUUAAGUUGGAUUUUUUUUUUUACAGUAUGUAUUUUUUAAUAUAUUACUUAAUAUAAAAUAUACUCUAAAUUUUAAGUUUGUUUGGCCUCAUCAGCAAGGGUGUAGAUUUGGCUUGAAGCGUGAAGCAUCUACAUGUUUCCAUUGAUCAUGGUAUAAAUCAUGGGGAGGUUGCACUUCCAUGUAACUGUGUGGCUAUGGGGGUUUGGGUUACCACCCCUGAAAACUACGCCCCUGCUCAUCAGUGUUAUUUAUUAGAAAUCUGUGAUAUAACCUGAUGACUUUUAGUAUUUAUCUUAAACCCAUAGUUUCUCCAAAAAAAAUUAACAAUAUCUUUACAUAGUAAUGUAAACUGGUCUGAAAUGUUUUAAAUAAAAAUAACAUUUACACUUAUAUCUUAUGAAAGGAAAAGAAAAAAAGCUCCUCACUGUUGAUCUUAAGAAUCACUUCCCUGUUGAUAUGAUGUACUUCCUGAUGUCAUUCGUGCACUUUUUAUUUACAUAUAGAGCAUCUUUCUGGUAUGUGUAUUUAUCCUAUAAAAUGAAAAGCUAUAAUCUAAAAAAAAAGCUAUAAGCUAUAAUCUAAUAUAUUUUACAGAUCUAACAAAGCUGAAGCAUUUUUAUUUUUCUUCUUUACCCAAGAUGUGUACAUGUUGUUUCACUUUUUAAAUAUACUUUCUCACCUUGUUUGCACUAGUUUAUAUGACGUCUCAGUCCAGAUAUGUUCUGGUCUUUUCACUCCUUAUCAUCAGUUAUUCUUUCAUUCUGAUGUUGAGCAUGGUGCUAUGACUUCAGUUUCCAUUAGAUGGUAUCAAAGAAACUGGUUUGACAUUUGUAAAGCAAUCUUACAGUGUUUGAAAAGUGUUUUAGGUGCAGAAUGAUCUCAUUAAACCACUUUGU